GGCUCCAUUUUCCAUUUGAGCUCAAAUAUUUUGCUGCUUCCUCUGCAGCUGCCAGACCUGCUCUUGCUGCUGCUCAGGGAGAGCGACUGGUAGGUCCCUUGCUGACGACUGAAAGAAGAUGAGCUCGAGCUAUUGGAGUGAGACCAGCAGCAGCAGCUGUGGAACCCAGCAGCUCCCAGAGGUGCUGCAGUGCCAGCCCCAGCAUUACCACUGCUACCAUCAGUCUAGCCAAGCCCAGCAGCCUCCAGAAAAAAAUGUAGUGUAUGAGCGAGUGAGGACCUACAGUGGGCCCAUGAACAAGGUGGUGCAGGCCUUGGACCCCUUCAACUCAAGGGAAGUGCUCUCCCCUCUCAAAACUGCCUCCUCCUACCAAAAUUUGGUUUGGAGCGACCACUCUCAGGAACUCCAUUCUCCAACUUUAAAAAUAUCUACAUGCGCCCCAAGCACUCUACAUAUAAGCCAAAGCACUGAACAGGAACUUCAUUCUCCAACGGUGAAAGUUACUACAUAUCCACAGACCACUAUUAGGAAAUAUGUAGUACAAAAUCCUGAACAGGAACCACUGUCUCAAUUCUUAAGAGGAGGCCAUUUUUUCCCAGGAAACAAUGUUAUUUAUGAAAAAACAAUAAGAAAAGUGGAGAAGCUGAAUACUGAUCAGGAAUGCCAUCCUCAGGUUCAAUGCCAUCAUCACAUUGUCCAACAGCCCCAAGUCAUCCACUCUUCAUACUGGCAACAACCUGAUUCUAGCCAGCAAAUUCAAACCAUCACAGGAAAUGAUUCAAUUUCUACACAUGUUGGAAAUAAACUGUGCCAUAGUGGAUCAAGCCAGAUUCAUGAGCAGGUGAUAAUUCAGGAUGAUGUCCCUGAAAAAUUGGACCCCAAAUAUUUUGGAGAGUUGCUGGCUGAUCUGAGCCGAAAGAAUACGGAUCUAUAUCACUGCUUAUUAGAACAUUUGCAGAGAAUUGGAGGAAGCAAACAGGACUUUGAGUCGACAGAUGAGUCAGAAGACAUUGAAUCAUUGAUUCCUAAAGGAUUGUCAGAGUUUACAAAACAGCAAAUUCGCUAUAUUCUGCAGAUGAGGGGUAUGUCUGAUAAGUCACUCCGGUUAGUGCUGUCCACAUUUAGCAACAUACGGGAGGAGCUUGGACAUCUUCAAAAUGACUUGACAUCUCUGGAAAAUGACAAGAUGAGACUUGAGAAAGAUUUAUCAUUCAAAGAUACUCAAAUAAAAGAGUACGAAGAACUCUUGGCAUCAGUGAGAGCAAAUAAUCAGCAGCAGCAGCAAGGACUUCAAGACUCAAGUUCAAAAUGCCAGGCACUGGAAGAAAACAAUCUGUCUCUUCGACAUACACUUUCAGACAUGGAAUACAGACUAAAAGAACUGGAAUAUUGUAAAUGUAAUUUAGAGCAAGAGAAUCAAAACCUUAGAAUGCAGGUUUCUGAGACUUGCACAGGGCCAAUGCUGCAGGCUAAAAUGGACGAGAUUGGAAACCAUUACACAGAGAUGGUAAAAAACUUGAGAAUGGAGAAAGAUAGAGAGAUCUGCAGACUGAGGUCCCAAUUAAGCCAGUACCAGAAAGAUGUUUCAAAGAGAGACGGAAGUUGUAGUGACUUCCAAUUUAAGCUUCAUGAACUGACAAGCUUGCUGGAAGAGAAGGAUUCUCUUAUAAAGCGUCAGUCAGAGGAACUCUCAAAGUUGCGGCAAGAAAUAUACUCAUCUCAUAACCAACCCUCCACUGGUGGAAGGACUACUAUUACCACUAAAAAGUACAGGACACAAUAUCCAAUCCUAGGCCUCCUGUAUGAUGACUAUGAGUAUAUACCACCAGGUAGUGAAACACAGACUAUUGUGAUUGAGAAAACAGAAGACAAAUACACUUGUCCAUGAAUGGAUCCAGUUUAAAGUAUUACUACUCAAAGGCAUUUUUUUGUGUGUGUGUAUAUCUGCAUUAGUACUUUGUUAUUUUCCCACCACUAAAGGCCAAUCAGAAUUUGGAACUGUGCUGCUAUUCAAGAAAUCUAAUGGAAUGAAUGAA